CCAAGGAGUGAAAGUGGGAGUGAGUGAAGGCGAGAUCGAGAGUACAGGGCAGUUCAACUUCAGUUCAGCUAGUGCAGUACUCACGGUUCUGUUCGCUGCAAGAAGUGCUUUAGUUUCUUUGCAAGCGACGCUUCGUUACACUAGCCUGCAUCAUGGCUGCUGCUGGCUUGAGCGCGGUGGACAUAGCUAUUGGCGUCUUGACCCUGGAUGAGCGACUGUGGCUUGGGCCCAACUAUACCUGGAGCGGCCUGCACGAUGAGUCCAAUGGCAGUUUGAAGCCGCAGUUCUGGCAUUUCCAGUACGUGGCGCUAUUCACUGUGCUCGCACUGAUGGUGCGCGCGCUGCUGGAUCGUAUUCUGUUCUCGCCGCUUGGACUGAUGCUGGGGGUGAGCUCGGCGCCUCCCGCACCACCGCCAGCGAACAGGGCGUGCGAGGAGUUGUACAAGUCCGCCAAACGGCCGAGUCGCGAGCACGUUCAGAGCGCUGCUGCCGCUCUUGGCUGGACGGAGGAGCGAGUUAUGCGCUGGCUAAAGCGCAGAAAAGCGUCGGCGGACCGUGGCAAAAUGCCCAAAUUCCAGGAGGCCAGCUGGCGAUUCCUGGGCUAUGCAUCUCUUCUGGUGUUUGGCGUGUGGGCGCUGAAGGACACGGAGUAUAUCAUGGACACGUACAAAUGCUGGACCAACUAUCCCCACGAGGGCAUCCCAACCAGAGUGUUCUGGUACUACAUGCUGGAACUUGCGUACUACACGUCGCUGACCGUGUCGCACUUUACCGACACGAAACGCAAGGACUUCUGGGAGAUGCUCAUCCAUCACAUCGCUACGCUGGCGCUGAUCACGUUCUCGUUCAUCUGCAAGCACAUCGCCAUCGGCUCUCUCAUCAUGUUCGUGCACGACAUUGCGGAUCCCUGGCUGGAGCUGGCAAAGGCUCUAGGGUACACACGAGUCAAAGCCAGAAGUGACGGUGGUCGGACGUGGGCGCAGAUUGCCGUUGAGGUGUGCUUCGUCAUCUUUGCCAUCAGUUUCUGGAUCACCCGUCUGUAUGUCUAUCCUCGCUUCCUCAUCUACUCCGUCUGGGUGGAGAGCGAGCAGGCAAUGGGCCCAUGGCCGUUCAAGUACGCGUUCCUGGCGUUGCUCAUCACACUCUUCUUCCUUCACAUCUUCUGGUCGUACAUGAUCAUACAAGUGGUGACGAGGGCGUUCCGCGAGGGACAGGUCGGUGGGGACAGCCGCAGCGACGACGAGGGAGACGGCGUGCUUGACGAAAACGAGGACGAGCCAGUUGUCACCAAGCAACGUCCCAACGGACAGCCGCCGGCCGUCAGCGGUGGUGGCGCUGCAGACCAGGAGACACGGCAACGUACGGUGCCCGUGGAUCGCAAGAACGGCCUUCACUGAACUCCCAACGCCGGCCGGGUGUACGGGUGUGUGUGCCAUCUCGACAACCUGGCACUAUCGGCUUCAAGCAAGAUAUGCAGUGGCCAGGGAGUAGAAAUAUACCGGUAUUUUACUACUCCCCGGUCGUGACUGCACUGAGGGUGAGUAGAAGUUGACCUGCUGCAAGAAGAUAAGUGAAUGGUGCAACCCAGGGCAACCUUUCCUCCUACACCUCACCGCCCUACAGCCACUGCUGUCUCCUGGUGUGUUCUCUGCAUGCCAGACGGUUAGUUUCCCGUUGUUCUUUGGUGCAUGGCAGCUAUGCGUAGUGGCGAUGUUUGUAAAUUCUAGUUUUCCGUACACCCAGUUAGCGAGUUGCCGUAGUAGCUGGUGCAUCUAGCUGUCGUAACCAUGCACACCGGAAGUGUUGCACAUGCACCCUGUUUAUUUCCUCCCCGCACACGUACACACACAGACGACAACACCGCCACCAACAACAACAACGCACAACACACACACGUAUGCGUGUGGUAUUGUUUAGUAAUUGGUCUGUAACCUGGCCGAUCCUAUCCCGAGGUCGUACCGUUUGUGCAUACGUUCUAAAUUUCCCCGCAGUUGAGAAAAUUACAGCGUGCUUUCUGCCCAGGGCCAAUGUCAUUUGCGUUUUGUUGUCGUGACGACUAGUGCUGUGUCGAUCGAGCUGGCAGUGUUCAGCCGUGAUGCAGCCUUGUACAUACACCAAUUCAUGUGCACUUGUCUUGUUUGUUUGUAUUGCGUUGUUUUCUAUGGUCCGACUGUUGUGUAUAACUUGGAGGUGUUUGCUUUCUCGUGCCACGUGACAUCCCUACUAGUAUUCUCAUGCCAUGCGACAUCCAUAGCAUGUGUUCCCUUCUCAGCAUUGCUUAGAGCCUAUCUCGGACGCCAUAUUUGGUCUUUGAAUUAGGAGGUUUUUUUCAGAAAAAAAAACUGGACACAUAAAAUAAAUUUUAAUUUAUCUAUUGAUCACCGCGUACCGGUUCACUGUCGUUUUCAAUCGAUUUCUCCCUUUCUCCUUCAAAUCCGGAUCGUAUUAUGAAAUUUCCCUUGUUGAUGAUGUACAUAGAGUACGUGCAUUGUGUCUCCCCGCUCCUAUUUUCCUUUCUCUCUUAGUCUUAGGCCAGUAACAAGAUUCUCCGGAGUUAAAAUGGAAAUAUUUCAACACACGGCGAGGAGACAAUAAUUUGAUAAGCACAUCGUCUCCACCGUUUUUACAUUGCAUGAAUAAAGUACACAAAUGUCGGUUCAGCUAGUUUUAUUGAUUGCGGUUAUAAAAUGGAAAUGGCAAAAUUAUCGAAAAGACCCUUAUUUUAUGAGCACUGUUUCUACGAUCAGGUCCACGAACAAAUAUCUGAUCGUUCUCUCACGUCUCAUAAGAAACUGAUCCUUUCUAUUCUCGUCCGUCAGCCAACAGUCCUCGUUUCUGCUUCA